AAACCAACCAAGUGCUAAUUGAAAUCCACCGAAUCUUCAAUCUGAAACAAAAAACUACGUCAUCUGAAUUUUAGUGAAUACAUCCAACGUACCACCACAAAAAAGUUUACCUACGAACGACAGCAACCAAUUGCGGAGCACAUUCUUGUUUUAACCGCCCAUACAGAACAUUCGCCACAUCGUUCACUAUCAAAAAAUCCGACAUAGCCAUCACUCUUUUUCACAACACAUACACCAUGGAAUUACUAACUCUUGAUCAGUUCAUUCAUUAUCUUGAACCGUAUGCCAAUAAGGAAACCCUUAACCCUAUAGAAGCGUCUAAGCUUCAAUUGCUAAUCACCGAACUAUUGGUUGAUUACUAUGUUGAUUUCCAAGUAUUGAAAUUCAUAAGUCGAUUCUUGACUCAGCAAUCAUACGACGAGAUCAUUGAAGAACGCAAUAUAGAACAUCAAUGUGGAUAUAUAACAUGUGAUCAAUCACCAAAGCAGAUGGUUAGGAGAAGAAGCAGCAGUAGCACCAAUGGGAUAUCUAUUGUUAGUGAAACUGAUACUGCUUAUCAAUAUCAGAUAUAUAAUAGAAAGCCAACAAUGAUUUUACCCAACACAUACCUUUCCCAAUAUUGUUGUAAGGAACAUUAUCAAGCAUCUAUCUUUUAUCGCAACCAAUUAAGUAACGAAGCUAUAUUUGCGAGAAAGGAUAUCAUGGUUGUCCCUCCAUUUUCAGUAACUGGAACUUGGUGGUAUGAAAAUUCCAUAACUUGCUUAGAAGAAGUAAUUGCUAAACACAAAGAGUUGAAACAACAGGGAAAGUCCUUAUCUCAAGUCAUUGCUAUGAUGAGUGGAUUAUCGGUAGAUGACGGUAACCAUGAAGCUGAUGAGUCAACGAAUCAAUUAGUACAAUUAAUUGAAGAUUUUGAAAUUGUCGAAAAGGAAUCGAAUUUAGUGGGUGAUGUAUUACCAGAAGAAGAGGAAGAGGAUGUUAAAGAUGGAUCAGUCAAUAACAUCGAAGGGUAUGUUACUAAUAGCAAAAGCUUUGGUGGUUACGUUGUAUAGCAUUAUGUACUAUUCUAAUGAUUGACGAUUAUAUACAAGUCUU